UGAACGAUGCCUUAUAACUGUUGAAGACAACAAGUUGAAUAUGCAUGAUUUGCUUCGAGAAAUGGCCAAAGUAAUCAUAUCUGGAAAUUCCCGUCGUCCCCCUGGAGAAUGGAGCAGGUUGUGGAUCCCUGGAGAUGUCUAUGAUGUACUAACAAAUAAAUCUGGAACCAAAGAAGUUGAAGGACUUGUUGUAGGUUUCCCUGAUCUUCUGUCUCCAAGUAUCAGUACAGAAGCAUUUGCCGAUACGUGGCAACUGAUACUGUUCCAGCGCAUUAAAGUGCAGCUCCAUGGAGAAUUCCCUUUAAAGUCUAGUUGUAUCAGUACAGAAGCAUUUGCUAAUAUGAAGAAACUGAGACUGCUCAUGCUCAAGAACGUGCAGCUCAAUGGAGAAUACAAACAUCUCCCCAAAGAGUUAAUAUGGUUGUGUUGGGAAGGAUGCCCUUUAAAGUCCAUACCAGAUGACUUCUUUGAUCAACCAAGAGCACUAGUUAUUUUAGAGAUAACGCACAGCAGACUGGUACAAGUUUGGGAGGGCUCCAAGUUGCUUGAAAACUUGAAAAUCCUUAAUCUCAGUGUUUGCCUUGACUUAAAAAAAUCACCAGACUUAUCAAAUCUCCCAAGUCUUGAAGAGUUGAUAUUGGAAUGGUGUGAGAGUUUGUCCGAGAUUCACCCCUCCAUUGGUCAUCUUAAAAAACUUUCUUUGGUGAACCUCACAGGCUGCAAGAAUCUUAUUUCUCUUCCUGGGGAUUUCUACAGGUCCAAAUCCGUUCAGACUCUUGUUCUUGAUUUUUGUGGGCAAUUCAGUGAACUGUCCGAGGAUUUAGGGAAUAUAAUAUCAUUGAGAGUACUUAAAGCAUCUGAGACAGCCAUAAUACAAGUACCGCGUUCCACAGUAAGAUUGAAGAAUCUCACUCAUUUAUCUCUAAUUGGGGGUCUUCCUUCCAGAAGAGCCAAAUUUGCAUUGCAAAUUCGCGAUUUGUUACAGGGCUUUGACUCUUUAAGAAAUUUAGAUCUCUUAUUCCAGAGGUUAAGCGAUGAUCCAUUAUCAAAGGGUUUUGGGAGUCUAAUUUCUUUACAAGAUUUAGAUCUCUCAUCUAAUGAUUUUCAUACCCUACCCAGCCUCAGUGAUCUUUCAAAGCUUGAAAGUUUGCGGUUAGAUUACUGCCUUAACCUUCAUACAAUCUAUGGUUUACCAACAAAUUUGAAAUUUCUGUAUGCGUCUUGUUGCCAUCGUUUGUUAACAAUGCCCAAUUUUUCGAAAAUGUCCAAUAUGAGGGAACUGAAUGUACGUGAUUCACGCGCACUCACUGAGAUUCCAGACUUGGAUAAGUCAUUAAACUCCAUGACAUGGAUUGAUAUGACGGAUUGCGCCGAACUCACCGCUGAUUUUAUGAGGAAAGUCCUAAAGGGAUGGACUUCUUGCGGAUAUGGUGGCAUUUUUUUCAAAGGGAAUUAUGUUCCUGAUUGGUUCGAGUUUGUCAACGAUGGUAAUAAAGUCAGUUUUGAUAUCCUCCCGAGUGAUGGUCGUAAUUUUGAAGGGCUGACUCUGUUAUGCUUUUACUGCUUUAUUCCUAAAUAUUCAAUUCAUAGCAAACCUUAUUUCACAUGCAAAGAUGGUCAUCCUCGUGCCAGUAUUGAUAUAAAUAAUACCAAGCGUACUGAGUUGCAGACCUGCAUAGGCAAGGAAGAUUGGGUUAUAAAAAUGCACAAUGUAUCUGGAAAAUGUUUUCUUUGGCAGGGACAAAUAUCGAACGAUAAGCUCAAUUUGCAAAGCGGGGAUAAAGUUGAUAUAACUUUUGAAACAGUACAUCUGAUAAUGUGACAAUUAAGGGAACAGGGGUUAAUCUAGUAUGGGACAAGCCUAUGAAGGAAAAUGUGCACGAUUUUGAUGGUGAUGGUAGGUUUUUGAUCCAGAGGCACAACCAAGGUGGUGAUGCAUCGUCAUCAUCACAUGUUUGAGUCAGAUCACAAUCAAUAAAUUUCAACUUUUUCGAUUUUUGAGUCACUCCCAUAAGAGGGACGAGCGACCCAAAUUCUGAGCAAAUCCCCUCUUUACAAAACCCUCCAAAUCCCCUCGCCUUCUCCGCACCUUUGGCGUCGCCGUCAUCACCCUCGGUCACCCCCCGAGCUCUCAACGCCAUAAACCUAGAUUUGGAUGUGAAAUACAAGAGCUAUCUGGAUGAAUGGGAAUCUCACCCAAAUGUGAAGUGUGUUCUUGUUGAUAGCCGCUCGGCUCGUGCCUUUUGUGGCGGUAAGGAUAUUAAAGUUGUUGUUGCCGAAAUUCAAAAGGACAAAAACACGCCUCUUGUGCCGAAGGUUUCUACAUUACGCUUUGCUUUGAACUAAAGUUGUUUCUUGUUUAGGUAUUCACUGCUGAGUAUUCUCUAAUAUGCAAAAUCUCUGAGUACAAGAAGCCCUAUCUUCAUGGAUGGCAUAACAAUGGGCUUUGGUGUUGGCCUAUCAGGUCACGGUCGCUACCGGAUCAUUACAGAGAUGUUGGGUUUUCACGUAUAGCGGCAAAGAGUCCAGGAGGAGGAUCUGUAGAUGGAGAGGUGGAGAGCUUCAAGUGGAUUCGGUGAUGCAUGUUGCAAGCAUCAUACCGAGGACACAAUAUUUCAAACCAAAUUGCUCUUUUGUCAUCAUUGACUUCCUUUCCCGACACGGGUAUUUCACUUUCACUACUGAUAUUCUUACAAUAAGUGAUCAGAUACGAGAGAAACUCACACCUGGAGGAUGCCUCUAUGAUGGUACAUUAGCCCCGAGUCCUUCGGAAACCUGGAUCUACUACAAAGUUUGAGAAGUGACGAUUGUUCCUAAUUGUAUAUUUUUCUUUUUUGGUACUGCCUGACUCUGUUUUUUUUACUCCUGUUUCUUCCCCGGAAUUGCAGAAAGCUAAUGUUACAAACAAGGCAACUAAAGCAGCUGUCUCCAAAUGCAGCUGUUUCUUCUCUGUAUCG